AUGGACGAGGACUGCUUAGCACUGAACGUGGUCAGACCAGCAGGAUCCGCUGGCCAGAAGCUACCAGUAGCUGUAUGGAUUCACGGCGGUGGAUAUAUUAUGGGAGGAGCUACUGAUCGCCGAUAUAAUCUCAGCUUCAUCGUUCAGAACUCAGUCGAUAUCGGCAAACCCAUCAUUGCAGUCUCUAUACCAUAUAGACUGAGUGCAUGGGGCUUCAUCGACUCGCAAGAAGUACGAUCUGCCGGCAUAACAAAUAUUGGAAUGCAAGAUCAACGUCAAGCUUUGUACUGGAUCCAGGAGAAUAUAGCAGCAUUUGGUGGAGACCCUACCAAGGUGACAAUAUGGGGAGAAUCAGCUGGUGCCGGAAGUGUUGGCAUUCAUCUCAUCGCCUAUGGUGGUCGUGAUGACAAGCUCUUCAGCGGAGCCAUCUGCGAAUCAGGCAAUUCAAUUCUUCUUGGAUCGCAAAAUUACAAUGUCAGUGACGGCCAAGCAAUCUACAACAACAUCACCACAGCGGCAGGAUGCAGUGGUAGUGCAGAUACAUUGUCCUGUCUCCGAGCCGCUCCUUUCGAUAGACUGAACGCAGCUAUCAAUAUCACCCGUAGCUAUGGUUUCUACCCAUACCAGGACGGUACUCUGAUCCAAGGCUCACAAUACGAUCAGCUCAACAACGGCAACUUCAUCAAAGUCCCCUUGCUCAGUGGCGCAAACACAGAUGAGGGAGCCAGCUUCGGUCCUCGUGGCAUCAACAACGAUAGUGCUUUCGCAACCUAUCUUACAAACACAGGCAGGACAAGACCAUUGAAUGCGAGCACAGUGGCUAUUCUCCAGGCUGUAUAUCCCAAUCUUCCAGCUGCCAGUGACGUCCUCUACAGUGUGCCACUAGACUAUCAAUACAACAGCACAUACGGCUUUCAGUUCCGUCGCGCUGUCGCUUUUGGUGGGGACCUGGCAUUCCACGCCGCACGAAGACUUCAAUGUCAGUCGUGGGCCAUGCAGAACGUUUCCGCAUAUUGUUAUCGCUUCAACGCCAUUCCAUAUCCAUUGCCGAAUCUGACUGGCUCAGUACAUUUUCAGGAAGUGGCAUUUGUGUUCAACAACCUCCAGGGCUUGGGAUAUGCUUUUAAUCCCUUUCAAGGACAACCGCAGAGUUAUGUUGACCUUAGCAGCUUGAUGAGCAGGAUGUGGGCGAGCUUCGUACACGACGGGAAUCCAAAUGGUCAUGGACUUCAGGGCUAUCAGCAAUGGCCAGCUUAUGAUGUGGUGUCUGGAGGUGGUGUAGGAUAUGACUACUUUUUCGAUGCAAACACUACUAGUCGUCCUGAGAAGGAUUCUUGGCGGGCUGAGGGUAUUGCAUAUUUGAAUACCCUGUGGAAGACUGUCUAUGGUCGGUAG